GUUUAUUUAUAAACCCGCCCCGUGGUGACGUCACACGGAGAGCUGCGGGUUCCAGUAGAGAGAGAGGAAGCGCUCCAAGUCUUACCGAGAGAAGUGAGCGUGGUCGGGUCACUCACCGGACGUCUCUCGCCGUCACACCGCAGUAUUGUUUCUGACCGUAAUAACAAGAAGAUGCCGUUGGGUGAAGACUGCCAUUCUUGGAAAAAGAAGACAUCGGAUGUGAAGGAGCAUUACGACUUCAAAGACAUCCUGGGCACGGGAGCCUUCUCUGAGGUAGUCCUAGCAGAGGAGAAGCGGACCCAAAGACUGGUGGCCAUCAAGUGCAUCCCUAAGAAGGCGUUAGAGGGCAAAGAAAACAGCAUCGAGAACGAGAUAGCCGUGCUGCACAAGAUUAAACAUGCCAACAUCGUGUCUCUGGAAGAAAUAUUUGAGAGUAAAUCGCACCUCUAUCUUGUCAUGCAACUGGUGUCUGGUGGAGAAUUGUUUGACCGCAUCAUAGAGAAGGGCUUCUACACCGAAAAAGAUGCCAGUAAGCUCAUUCAGCAGAUUCUGGAUGCUGUGAAAUAUCUCCACGACAUGGGAAUCGUCCACCGAGACCUUAAGCCAGAGAAUCUGCUCUACUACAGCAUGGAAGAGGACUCCAAAAUCAUGAUCAGCGACUUUGGCUUGUCUAAAAUUGAGGGCUCAGGCAGCGUGAUGUCCACAGCCUGUGGAACGCCUGGAUAUGUUGCCCCUGAGGUUUUGGCACAGAAACCCUACAGCAAAGCGGUGGACUGCUGGUCCAUUGGAGUCAUAGCCUACAUUCUGUUGUGUGGUUACCCUCCGUUCUACGACGAGAACGACUCCAAACUGUUUGAGCAGAUCCUGAAAGCGGAAUACGAGUUUGAUUCCCCUUACUGGGAUGACAUCUCAGAUUCAGCCAAAGACUUCAUAGUCCACCUGAUGGAGAAAGACCCUAACGUUCGCUACACUUGUGAGCAGGCCCUGCAGCACCCUUGGAUUGCUGGGGACACAGCAUUGGACAAGAACAUCCAUGAGUCUGUCAGUGCACAGAUCAAGAAGAACUUUGCUAAAAGCAAAUGGAAGCAAGCAUUCAACGCCACAGCAGUCGUCCGCCACAUGAGGCGUCUUCAGCUCGGCACCAACCACGAAGGACCCAACCAAGCUCAUCUACUGCUACCAGGAGAGGACUCUCAACAUGGAGAGUCUUGCUGCGAGGCGGGCUGCUCCCAGGCCGUGGACGGGGACGGCGUGGACCCUUUGUCCAACUGUAGCUACCGCUGCCACCCGCCCAGCCGGGUGUGAUGCCUGUGCUGCUUAACUGCCUCAAUGACCCCAGUGAUUUUUCUUUCCAUUUUUAACCCCCUCGGUGGAACCAGCGGUAUAGCAAGUCCCUCGGCCGCCCCCCCCGCCCCUCAUCAUGUCUGGUUAGGAAUACAACGUCAUUCCAACCUGUCGCCUGCAGGGGGAGCAAGUCUGUUCAGCCUGGGAAGGAAGGAAGGAAGGAAUGAAAGAAGGAAGAAAAGGGAAGAUGAUGAUUAUGAUGACUAUUUGUCAGUCAGAGCUGGUGGUUUGUUCUAAAGUAAAGAAGGAAAGAUUAUUUCCAAAGCAGGACAGAGCUGAGACUAUUUUUCAAAUCAGCCUGUGCUAUAUAGUCAUAUUAUAUUUGAAUAUUCGUUUUGUGUAUUUUUGUGCAUGAUCAGGAGACACUCGGAGUCCCCGAGCAUGUGUUCUUAUCUUCAAAAUACGCCCUCCUUUCUAUUCCUGCAGAGAUUGGAGUGCCAUAAGCAAAGCCUUUUCGAGGAUGUUUUUGCUGUCUCUUGAAUGUAAGCGAGUCCAAUCUAACAGUAUUGCAGAGUGAGCACCGAUCUGUCCAUGGAGACAAUCGGUGAGCUUUAUGCAAAACUCCAUCUGUUAGCAUGUAGCCUUUUAUGAAAUGGUGUUUCCAUGCAGCUGUGGAAAAGGCUUCUCCUUUGCUUUCUCUCAACCUCUUUAACCACCCGAGCGCAGGGAUCUUAUCUCCGUCUAUUGUGCCUUUAGUGUCUACAGUAUGACAGGUUUGUUUGGGGUUUUUUUUGGGGAGGGGGGGGCUUCUUCUCAAGUGUGUCUUUCUGCACAAUCCAUGCAACUGUGACGUCAUGUUUUGUAUUUAUCACAAUUGUAGCUAUGAAUUUGUUUCCCCACUUUACCGUUUUUUUUUGUUUUUUUUAAAUAUAGGCUGAUUUUUCAUGUAGGUUUAAGCCUGAAGAUGAAGAACGAUGUGUGGAUGCAAAAAAAAAAAAAAAAAAAAAUCAUAUGCAUCAGUUGCUGUGUACUGCAAUCCGACCUCCAUUUUUUUUCCUCUUUUAUUCUUCAAACUUUUUACAAUAUGCAUCAAUUUCCUUAUUUCCUCAUCACGUUUGACUUGUGUUGUAAAGAAUCCCGCCAUGUAAAUGGUUAAGUAGCUUAUUAAGGCCUUGUGAUGAGAACGGACAGAGCUUUAAUGCACAUUUAAUCCGUGUUUUCAGUACAAUAUACAUCCGUUGUGCUGACGUGACUGCGUGAAUAUUGUAAUAAGUUGCCAUAAGAGUAAGCAUUGGAAGCAGUAAGCAGUGGAAUCUCCCAAGUCCAACACCCCCAAAUAUGAUACCGUUUUGGGUUCAUCCACGAAAAUCACAUGAUUCCAAAUGUUCAACUUUCCAUGGCUGCCGCCCAAAACAGGACCAAUCAGAGAGCGUUUUAUUAAUCGACCAAUGAGCAGACAGGAUGCUAAUAUGUAUGCUAUACUACCGUCAGAUUUCCCGGAAGUAUUUGACCUUUCAAAAAAAAAGAUUUUAGCGAUGGGAACUCGUUGGUGCCAGAGUAAACAUAACGGGUAAGUUUACAUUCAUUUACAAAUACAUUUAUGUGAGUUUAUCUUCACUCCUAACAAGGUCCGGUACUAGCAAGACCGUGGGAGACUUAGCUAGGCGUUGGCGAUGAGUUUCGCCAAUCGUGUGUGCCGGCCAUUAUUUAUUUAUUUUUUGCCGCCUUCGAAGCUUCAGAAUUCCUGCAAUACCUAUAAAACGCCACUAGGUGACAGUAUUGCUUUCCAACAACCUUCCUGUUCCCUCACUAUGAUGUGUUUUCAGGGGUGUGUAGUUUUACUGUAGUAAUGUAGUUGGAUUUUACAGUGGUUAACUACUUGUGUGACAGUUAUGAAUGUUAAAAUGUCACUUUGAAAAUUUCUAGUGUUUAAGGUUUUAUGAGGGCAAGAAUUAUUAACAGUUUGUGUAUGACUUUGGAGGUUCCACUGUAUAUGUAUUGAGAGCCUGCACAUGAAAAAAAAGACUUUAAACUUGAUGGCACCGCUUUAAAAUAAAUAUAAUUCUAUAUAAAUAUAACAUAGUAUAUUUUAAGCUUUAUUCGGCAUUCAUGUAAGGUAACUGUGGUUUGUAUUUGAAUGGCAACUGUAAAGUUGUUUAUCUGUAACUUUUCAGGGUUUCCCAGUGUGAGCUGUUCAAAUUCAGUCAAUAUAGUUUUUGCUUCAAAUACUCCCAAGUAAAGAUGGGCUUGUAUAGUCUACAUUUCCUUGGUAGACUAUGUGGAUAAUCAACAAUUUAUUGAAUUUUAUUUAUUUUUUGAAGUCCAAUAUAAUCCUUGCGUUAAUCGCACUACUUGAAUCAACAGCGCCUCCGCUGGUUGCAUUCAAGUAGUGCACCCCAUGUUGCUUGUAUGUUGGAGCCUAUCCCAGCUGAUUUUGGGGCGAGAGGUGGGAUACACCCUGGACUAGCCGCCAGCCAAUCGCAAGACACAUAUAGACAAACAACCAUUCACACUCUUCGGACAAUUUAGAGUCUCCGAUUAACCUAACGUUUGUAUUUUUGGAAUGUGGGAGGAAACCGGAGUGCCCAAACGGAAUUUAAAUAUUAAUAUCUAAAAUUGUAAUAUAUCUAUUCUAUGGUGUCAAAUUGUUGGAAAGCGGGCCAAACCUCCUUGAAAACAUUCCCGGUCACUGAAACAAUUGAUGCUGAUGACGUGUGUAACCAUGUAGCCAUUACCUCACCGCUGAACUGGCUGUGGUAGGAAAAAGAUUUUAUUUCUAGAGUCAGACAUACAAGAUGUUUUUACAAAUAUUUCUGCUUUCAGUUCAAGCAUCAGAAACAAUGUGAUUUUUAUCCUUUCGUGUUCUCUUUAUCCAAGGUAACGGGGGAAAAUAGGUUGUAUUCUCUGACUUCUGGUUGUGUUUCACUUUAUUUGCUCGUCCAGAAGGAUUUGUCGUACAAAUGAGUGUUUGUACCAUGAAAUAUCUUGCCUUUUUCUGUUAACAGUAUUUUAAACUGUAUACACACAGAUGCGGUGCAUCACAACGGGCUGUGGAAAAAAAAGUGUCUGUAAGUGAAACAUACAUUAAACUCCUCGUCUAUGCAGUA